UCUAUUGACGAAACUAUAAUAACGACCUAUUGAAAGUUUAAACUGAUAUCGACCGCUGACAAAACUCCGGUCUGUCAGCGUUAACGUUUACGUCAUAUUUCCGCGCCGCGUGCCACAGGCAGCCGUGGAGGACAUCGAGCAUGGGACACCUUGGAGGUUUAUUUCUUCUUAUCUUCCCGCUAACCUGCUGUCACAUCUGGGGAGCUGCAGGCCACUCUCUACCCCCCUGCCACGAGCAGCUGGAGUUCAAGUGUGGAGAUGGCUCCUGCGUCAAGAAACUGAGUGUGUGUGAUGGACACAGAGACUGCGAGGACGGAUCAGAUGAACACCGCUGUGAUCACCUGUGGUGUGAGAAAGAUGAGUUUUCCUGCAGCAACAGACGCUGCAUAUCUCUACAUCUCCUCUGCGAUGGCUCGAACAACUGUGGCGACGGGAGCGACGAGGCUUCCUGCCACAACUGCACCACCGCUGGCACGUUCUCCUGCGGGCCGUCUGACACCUGCCUGCCUGGAAACAAGCUGUGUGACGGCCGGUCUGACUGCAGAAAUGGGCGGGACGAGUCUAAGGAGUUGUGCGGUUUGUCUCGACCUCGUCCGCAGACUUCCCCCGCAUGUACGUCGUCAGAGUUUCAGUGUGGAGACGGGCGGUGCAUCCGCCAGAGCUGGAGGUGUGACCACUCAGCAGACUGCUCUGAUGGCAGCGACGAGGCCGACUGCAAUCAGGACGAGUGUAAGGUCAAUAAUGGAGGCUGCUCCCAUCGUUGUGUGGACCAGCCGAUGGGUUUCUUCUGCGACUGCCCUGACAACAUGAGGCUGGUUGGGGACAGCCAGUGCGAAGAGGUGGACGCGUGCCUGGAGAACGACGUGUGUGAUCAGCUGUGUGUGAACGGCAGCCUCGCCUGCGACUGCCACGAGGACUACCUGAUGAAUCCAGCAACCAGAGAGUGUAAGGCCAAAGGAGACGCGGCUCAGCUGAUUUUCACCUCCUCCAAAGGAAUUAGGCGGUUAACCGUCACUGGCGCUGAGUACAGGGAAUUGGCUCCACAUUUCCCGGGAGCGGGGCCAGUGGCGGCCUUGGUCUCUAACCGAACGCUGUACUGGGCACGGCCAGGACGAGGCUCCAUAUACAGGGUCUCCAUGGAUGGAAAGCCGCAGGAUUCGGUGUUGCUGCUUAAAGUUCAAGGUUCAGUCUCAGGCCUGGCUGUGGACUGGAUCCACCAGCUCCUUUACUGGACCAAUUUGGAGAGUGGUUGUGUCAGUGUUGGUGUGCUGGAUGGUUCAACUCAGCGUCCACUUAUAACAGGACUGUACAAACCCUCUGCAGUGGCUGUGGAUCCUCUCCAAGGGCUGCUCUUCUGGGCUCAGAGUGGCAGCUCCCCAAAGAUUGAGCGAUCUCGUUUGGACGGUCGGGACAGGAUGACUCUUGUCACGUACUCAAUACGCCACCCAGUUGCUCUCUCUGUGGAUAUGCCUCGCCAGCUGCUGUACUGGGUCGAUCUGGGAACAAAAAGCAUUUCCAGAGUGAAUCUAGACGGCCGUCAUCGCAAAACUGUGGUAGAGUCUAAUGGUUACCUGGACCGACCCUUUGGACUGGCUGUGUUUGAGGGUUUUGUGUAUUGGAGUGACAACAUGACGAGCUCCAUCUGCCGAGCCGACAAACACAACGGCAGAAACCUUCAGAUACUGCUGCCAAACGCCACCUCACCGGGCGGCAUGGUCAUCGUUCAGCCUGUUCUUCAACCAAGCGGGCCAUCUGUAUGCGGACAUACCCGGACGGUUUGCCAGCACGAGUGUAUUAUCGACCUGAUGUCUGAGAGUCCGGAGCUGAGCUGCACUCCUCCAGCACCAGGACAAAACAAAUCCCAAGAAAUUCCUGCCAUUUCUCGCACAGUACCUGCGCCGACUUUAUCUGAGCCUACGUUUGCUGGAAUCCUCUCUCUUAUCAUGUUUCUCAGUGUGCUCCUGGUGGGAAUGGCUCUGUGGUGGUGGAGAGAGGAGUUCAGGCCGUCCACGUCUCUCACUGAGCAGAGUUUCUCCCUCAAAGAGUCCCAGGACCCGCUCAUCAUCCCGCCUCCAAACACAUGUCGGGUCAAGGAAACUCUUCUUAAGCUGGACUUGGAUGGUGAAUCAAGAAAGUGCGACACAGAUUGCCAGUAGGCCAGGAUUCACCUGCCGUCUCACGACACCGCAGUGACCUCAGUGUUGUCAGGACAAUUUUCAGCUGAUCAGCCAGGCAGUUCCCAGUUUCCUCUGGAGGUUAAUACCACUUAAGUAAUGACUGGGAGGUAAAUAUCUAUGGUCAGAUGGGGCCGAGGCUUUCCAACAGUUGCUUCAGUUUGGAAGACAUGGUGCUUUCAGCCCUGAGGGCUCCAACAUUGUUCUUGGUUGUUGAUAAGAAUGUUUGCAGCUGAGAGUUCAUCAGUGACUAUCAGUACUGAUUAACUCUGAUGUUUGUUUUGCCUUAUUUUGUAAGCCCUGCCAUCAAGCAUUAUCCUCAACAGGUCACCAGUUUUGUUGUGCCUCCAAGAUGCUCAGUGGAAUGUGUUCUGUUUGAAUUAGAGUUGGAACAUUCGUUCAUUAAUCAGUAAGUCAAUUACCUGCUUGUCUUGUCUCUUGUGACAUGAGGCUGAAUAUAUUUGGGUUUCGGACUGUUGAUCAGACUGAAUUUAUUUUAUUUGAUGAGCUGUCACAGAGCACAAGCACUUAAUCGUUUGAUUAGAAAUAUUAACAAUAAGGAGCCCUAACGUCAAUUUUUAUUUUAAUGUUCAAUUGCACUUUCUCUCCCAACUGAUUGAAUAUUUAUAUCAUCCCGUUAUAAUUCCCCAAACUUUACUUUAGCUCUAUUUCGGACCGUUUUUACUUUCAGACAUCAAACAGGGAUAUAAUGAAUAACUUGAAUGCAUUGUAUUCAUGAAUAAAGUGAUCUUCCACUGGUGUGUUCAUGACUUUCUAGAUUUUCACACUCGUGGUCAGUGAGAGCGAUGCAUUAUUGCCUUUUGAAUGUACGCUGCCAUUUUGCUCAGUGAACAGUCUGAUUGAAUUGUGCACUUGAAAAAUUGAGUGUCUACCUUUUGGAUUAUUGAAAUAGUUCACUUGGGGAAAUUCCGUUAUCGCCUCUUUGCCAAUAGUUGGAUGAGAAGAUCAACAACAUCAACACCGAUUAAAUGAACGUGAAACAUUGUGUUUGGUAAUAAUUGAGCUGCAGGCUGUGGCUAUAUUCACAGUAGAGAUACGGCAUUGAUCAUGGUGUCUAACCGCAAGAGAGCAUAUUUCCCAAAAUGUUCCAAACUAUUCCUUUUAACAGAGAUCUUGUUGGUACGAAUGCUAGAAGAAUAACUUGAAAAAAAAGUGAAGCCAAGCUUGCCCAAUAGCAUUUAUACAGUAGAACUCUAGUUGCAGUUUUGUUGUUUUGAUGCCUUCUGAUCACUGGUGCUACACUGGGAACAAAGAUGUGUUUGUUUUGUUUUUGCUAAAUGUCUCAUGGAGGUUUGGUUUUGCGCUUGUGUUGGAGUGUAUGUUUAGUCGAUGGACCUGCUUUGUUUGAAUUCAGUCGUUUUGUGUUAUUUUUUUGUCUCAAAGUAAUGUUUAAAUCUGGGGUGAUUUAAAAAUUCAUCAGCAUCAAUUGAGAGAAAAUCCUGUUAGUGUGCUCAAACUGCUGGGUUGUGUGGUUGGUAUUUAUUUUUAAGUUGGUUUUAUUUAUAUACAGUGCAGAAUUGCAGUCAUCGUCGUACUGUUUGUGCACCAUGGAUGACACUGUUAGAUGCUGUAAAUGAAACAAAUAAAGUAUUUUUUCUUUGUUUUUCUCCUG